AGCUAUCAGAGAUUAGCAGAAUUUUAUUUAGUUGAAAACCCACGAGCAUUUUAUGUACUUUUGACCUGAUUGUUGCAAUCUAAACUUGGUAUUUGGUGAUACAAAUAAUUUUGAAAUAUUGCAAAGGAUAUACACAUAUGAAGACUCCACGGGAAGAAACGGCAGGGUCACAUUUUGAAAAUUUUGACAUUUUACACUUUUUAACUUUAUAAACAAUAUUAUUUUUUUUAUUACUUUGUUUUUCAAAAUAAUCACAGGUGAUUUGGUUAAUGUAAAUUAAAUAAUAAAAAUGGCGAGACUUGAAAUACCAAUAGAAAUGCUAAAGAAAUCCAAGAAAAGAAAAAGUAAGGAAAGAUUGCGUGAAAUUAUAAAGAAACGAAGAUUAUCAUCGCAUAAAACAGGGCUUGGAUGUAACUGUAUAAGGCUGAAAUGUUUUGAUAAUGUCAAAGAAGAAGAUAGAAAAGUGUUAGCAAGAUAUUUUAACUCUCUAUCCAGCAAGGAUGCUCAAGAUUCGUAUUUUGCAAGUUUAAUAACUUUAAAUAACGUUUCAAGAAGAAGACCACGAAACAUUAAUUCAAAAGGUUAUAAUAGCAGUUACACAUAUAAACUUUUUAUUACAAAUCACGAGAUAUUUGCGAGUUCGUUUGUUUAUGUUUGCUUUUCUGCGUUUAUUUCAAUCUUUGGCAUAAAGAAGGGAAGAUUGGAGACCAUUAAAAGAAGCCUUUUAACUACAGGUCACUCCCCAUGAUAAAAGAGGUAAACACAAGAAUCAGUAUAACAAUUUUACUCCUCAACUAAAAAAUAAAAUAUGUGAUCACAUUUCUUCUUUCAGAGGUAGAGAGUCCCACUACUCUCAAAAAAAACUAGGCGACUAUAUCUUCCUUAAGAAUUAAAUAUAACCAAGAUGUAUGACUUGUUUAAAAUCAAGUAUGCAAAUGAUAAAUUGUCAUAUGAAUCUUAUCGCAACAUAUUUAACACUAGUUUUAA